CAUAAACACAGUAAAAAAAAAUAAAAGAAAAAAAAAAACUCUCAAAAUGAAAGAAACAACACUUUCAAAAUAUAUAGGAAGAUCAAAAGUUCCUAAUAAGAGAACUAAAUAAAGGAGUGGGAUCUCCAUCCACCAUUAAGAGAAAGUUGCUGUUUGAAUGGGGGUUAAAGAGGAAUGGUGGAUGGGGGAGAGAAGUUGCUGUUUGAAGGGGGCUAGAGAGGGACGAGAGUAAAGGAGGAAGAACAUAUAAUUUAGCGAACAUGCAUCUUUUGUUUGCUAGUAGUUGAGAGGACUCGGGAAGGGCUAGUUGAGGGCCAAAACUUGGACGGCUAGCGAAGCUCCAGCCAUGCUUAUAUAGUCCACAGAAAAGAAGUUGUAUUGAUUUCUUUAACACGUGAUUUAAUGACUACAUAAAUUUUACGUGUAUAUAUAUAUAUAUGAGAAGUAUCAACAACUUCCUCAUUGUCUCGACCAAAUUUUAUUUGGUUCACUAGCACGAAAUUUUAACCUACGAGAUCAUGGAUAGUUUCAGUCCUCCUCAUCAGAAGAAACCCUUGUUAAUAUUAGGGUUGUUGUUCAGCUGGUUCGUUUUUUUGAACGUUGGUGGAUCAAAAUCAGUGGUGAAGACACUGCCAGGAUUCCCAACUACUCUUCCUUUCACACUCGAGACAGGGUAUGGUAUGCUAAAUUCAUUUGUUUACUUUUUUUUUUUUUGGCUAUUCCUUCUGUCAAUCCCAAAAUUAUUAUUUAAAUUUUUAUCUUUAAUUCAAAUUAAAAAAAAUUCUAAUUGAUCAAUAAUUUUAAGACAAAAAGAAUAUUUCAUUCGAGCUAUUACUAUAAGCUUCUAAUUAGUAGUAGUAAUUACAUUAGUUACAUAAUAGAUGUUAAAAAUAUAUUUUAUUAACUAAGGUAUGUAACGGUGGGGGAGAAAGAGGAUGUGGAACUCUUCUAUUACUUUAUCGAGUCGGAAAGAGAUCCGGAGACUGACCCGCUCAUGUUAUGGCUCACCGGUGGCCCGGGUUGCUCUGGUUUCUCCGCUCUUGUUUACGAAUUUGGCCCAUUAAAGUUUGAUUUCGAAGCUUAUGACAAAGAUGGCUCGGCAAAAUUUCUCAUCAAUCCAUAUUCAUGGACCAAGAGAGCCAGCAUUAUUUUUUUGGAUUCGCCGGUUGGGACUGGAUUUUCAUACGCAACCACAAAGGAGGGUAAUAGUUCUUCAGACACAAAAGCCACUGAAGAUAUAUAUACAUUUCUUAGAAAGUGGCUUUCGGAGAAUCCUAAAUUCAUGAAGAAUCGCCUUUACAUUGCCGGUGACUCGUAUGCCGGAAAGAUUGUUCCAAUGGUCGUGUUUGCGGUUUUGCAAGGCAUUGAGGCAGGCAUGAACCCAAAAAUGCUUCUCCAAGGCUACAUUAUUGGAAAUCCAUUUACAGAUAAACGCAUCGAUGCAAAUUCCAAAAUUCCAUUUGCUCACCGCCUGGCGCUUUUAUCUGAUCAAUAUUACAAGAUGGCAAAAGUUUACUGUAAGGGAGAAUAUACAAGUCCAGAUCCCGGCAAUGCGCUGUGCCAAUAUGCUCUCCAACUUUUUCAAAUGUGCACCGAGGAUAUAUCUCCAGAUCAAGUCCUGGAACCAUACUGCAAGGCUCCUGUGGAAGAUGAUUAUUCUUCUAUUAGGUUAUUUUCUCUUCGACGAUCUCCACGCCGCUGUCGUUUCGACGAUUAUGUCGUAUCAGAGUUAUGGGGCAACGAAGUAGCGGUUCAAGAAGCUCUUCACAUCCGAAAUGGAACAAUCAAAAAAUGGAAAAGAUGCGGUGGGACACAUUACGAGGAAAAUAUUGAGAGCGUUGUUCACUACCACAAGCUUCUAAGUGACAAAGGAAUCAAAGCAUUAGUAUACAGCGGUGAUCACGACAUGAACAUUCCAUACGUUGGCACACUGGAAUGGAUACGACUUCUCAACCUCACAGUUGAUGACGAUUGGCGACCUUGGCGGGUUGCAGAUCAAGUUGCAGGAUACACGGAAAGAUACAUUCACAAAGAAAGUCAAGCUCAUUUGACCUUUGCCACACUUAAGGGCGCUGGGCAUACAGCUCCGGAGUACAAACCUAAAGAGUGUUUAGCAAUGCUUGAACGCUUUUUUGAUUCGGAUCCUUUGUAAGAUCACCCUCCAAUAUUCUAGGUUGGAGCAUGAAAAUAAAAGAAUAGUGUAAUAUUAUUUAAUUGAAAAUGAAAGGGAUGAGCUAGAGCAUCUGCUGGAUGAUGAUGAAGAGAUGGCUGAGAUGUAUCUAACCGAAAAGUUUGAAGAACAACCACAUGAAAAUUCUACCAUUUUGUUAGAUACAACUUUUAUUUUGAGACAUACCAAACAAAAAAUCAGGUCAUUAGCUUCUUAAUUUACUCUGCUACAUUAUUAUUAUUAUUAUUAUUAUUAUUAUUAUUAUUAUUAUUAUUAUUAUUAUAACUCUUUGGUCUAAAACUAUGCAUUACGCUUCAGAAAGAUGAGAGGAAUCAUUUUCUUCCUGGUUCAUAUGGGUAAUAACAAAU